UUUUUAUUUUAAGAAUAAGGAAUCAACUUCAAGUACUUCAAGAGUUUUUUUAAGACUUCGAUCCUGAUGGGUGCAUUCUAAUAAAAGAAUAACUGGCAUAAGAUCCCGAGAAUGAAAUAUAUUAAAGUCGCUGAAGACCAGCUCAUUUUUUAGUAAGAUAAUUAUGAUCUUCUAAUUUAAAAUUGAUCAUUAUUUUGAUGGUUGGCUACGUCCGUCUUCUAACUAAUCCAAAUUAAAUGUAAAUUAUCUGUGAUAACUUAGGAUGUGAUGGAGGUUAUGAGUUGAUGCACAAAUUGCAUUUUACAAUUUAAAAUUUAUUACUGGUCUCAUUUUUUUUUAAAAUGGAUAAACUAGAUCAGAAACAGAAAAGUUCAAAACGACAUAGCGGAACUGAUGCGCAUAGUAAUCGUCACAAUGUUAAUUCUAGUUCAGGGGUUUUAAUGGUGGGCCCCAAUUAUAGAGUUGGAAAAAAGAUUGGUUGUGGCAACUUUGGAGAAUUAAGAUUAGGAAAAAACUUGUAUAAUAACGAACAUGUUGCUAUUAAAAUGGAACCUAUGAAAUCUAAAGCACCACAGCUACAUUUAGAAUACAGGUUUUACAAACUAUUAGGUAGUCACGAAGGGAUACCGGAUGUUUAUUACUUUGGCCCUUGCGGAAAGUAUAACGCUUUAGUAAUGGAAUUACUAGGUCCUAGUUUGGAAGACUUAUUCGAUAUGUGCGAUCGCAAAUUUACUUUAAAGACUGUUCUGAUGAUCGCAAUACAAUUGCUGCAUCGCGUCGAGUUUGUCCACUCCAGACACCUUAUUUAUAGAGAUAUUAAACCAGAAAACUUCCUCAUCGGAAGAACCGCUACUAAGAAAGAAAAAGUUAUUCACAUAAUAGAUUUCGGAUUAGCAAAGGAAUAUAUCGAGUUGGAAACAAAUAAACACAUACCUUUUAGAGAACAUAAAUCACUGACUGGAACCGCUAGGUACAUGUCAAUAAACACCCAUUUAGGAAAAGAGCAAUCGAGGCGAGACGACCUCGAAGCCCUUGGACAUAUGUUUAUGUAUUUUUUAAGGGGAUCGCUACCUUGGCAAGGUUUGAAAGCGGAUACUUUGAAAGAAAGAUACCAAAAGAUAGCAGAUACGAAACGCGCUACACCAAUUUUCGUUCUAUGCGAUGGUCACCCAGAAGAGAUGGCAGCAUAUUUAAGAUAUGUGCGACAAUUAGACUUUUUCGAAACUCCAGAUUAUGAAUACUUGAGGAAGCUAUUCAUUUCUUUGUUCAAUAAAAAAGGAUAUGUCGAUGAUGGAGAAUUCGAUUGGUCGGGGAAAACGAUAGUUACUCCUGUAGGUUCCCUGCAAUCUAACACUCAUGAUAGAGUUGUUUCGUAUAACAUGGACAGACAAGUGCAUAAAACUAAUAAAACUAGUGGUUGGGCUGAUACUUCGAAACAAAAUACUUUCGGAAAUCUUACACCAGCAGAUCGACACGGAUCCGUACAGGUCGUGAGUUCCACUAACGGAGAACUGAACGCGGACGAUCCCACAGCUGGUCACAGUAAUACACCCAUUACACAACCACCAGACGUUGAAAUUGUAGAUGAAACUAAGUGUUGUGGAUUUUUCAAGAGGAAGAAGAAAAAAAGCACCCGUUCUAAAUGACUACAGUAUAGUGAAACGGAUCAGCAGCUAGUACUACUGUCGUCUAGACGCAGUGCUACCUUGAACUGAGGUUUGUGACAAGACCAAUGUCAAAUUGUUAAUUAUCUAUUAUAUGAAUUAUAGGAUAGUCCUGAUUAAAUAUAAAAAUUACUACCUGCGAUAUCUCUUCAAAGUUUUGUCGGAGCCUUACGUACAUUUUGAAUGAAAAUGACCAAUUUACCGAAUAUUUUAAGUUGGAAUUAAUUUUUAAUAACAAAAUAUUGAAGCUGAAGUUGGUCAUUUUUUUUUAAAUUGAAUUGUACUUCCCAUUUAAUUAUUUCACAUAUCCAGGACCUGGUAAUAGACUAGCCGGUAUUGACAGAUUGUUUGCAAUGUUUUUUUAAUAUAUGCAGCUUUUAAGUUAUAAUAUUAUAGGUUUUUAACAUGCUUUAACCAGUUAUCUAAGAGUGCUCGCAUGUAGCGGCGUCACCAAGAAAAUUUGAUUUUGAAUUAAAAAUGGAUUAGUAAAUGCAUGCAUAUUGUUUUUUGUUAAAAUUAGAAAAAAAUUGUGUAGGAAGCCCCGAAAUUAUUAAUUGAACAGGUAAAAAAGAGUAGGUAUUGAAGAAUAACACAGGGGAACAGCUGUUUUGAUGUUGAAGUUUUUUGAGCUGAUUCUAUAUCAAUUUGGUGUCCUGAAUUCAAAUAACGUAUUCAUUUUUACCUAGGAGCUCGAAUUUUUAAGAUAUACAAUUUUAGAGAAAUAUUUUAACUCAAAUCCGUAAGUGUAGUAAACAAAAGUAGAUACAAAAUACAAUAUUAUGUCGUACUUACAAACAAAAAAAACAUUGAAGAAAUCAAAUAGUCACUCAACACUUCGAAAGCUUCUUUUCCGCGACAUUCUUGAAUGUUUUAAACAGUUCCUUUUUAAACUCUAGCUGUAAUCUGCCAUCAUGUGCAUGUCCCAUCUUUCUUGGUAGCGGUCCUCCAUAACUUUAAUAUGGUGAAAUCUUUCACCUUGCUCCUUACUUAUGUCUCCUAAAUUUUCUGGAAAACGAUCUAAGUGGUUGUGUAAAUAGUGUAUUUUAAUACUCAUAUUACACCCUAAUGAUUUGAAACUAUUAAGCAUCUUGUUAACCAUUUCAACAUAGUUUUGAGCUUUAUGUUUGCCUAGAAAAUUUUCUACAACUGCAAGCUUCUCGUUUAACUUGAUUCAUUGAAUUUAUGAAGGCAGGAUCCUUAAAUAAUUGUCUUAUCUGUGGGCCAUCAAAUAUCCCUGCUUUGAGUUUUUCUGUGCUCAGCUGAUGCAUUUUUACUCCUAUAUAUGCAAAACAUGACCCAUUCUUAUCAAGAGCCUUUACAAAUUGCUUCAUUAAGUCCAACUUUAUAUGUAACGGAGGAAGUAUGAUUUUUUCUCUUUCAACCAAAAAAUUUGGAAGUGUUUAAAAUAUUUGCAUACGCUAAAAAAGAUUCGAUACACUUUAGACAAUUAACAAACGUAUGCUAUUUUGUUUUUCGUAAACUUGCUGAUAAAAUAUCACCGAUUUAGCGACUUGCAUACGAUUCCGACGUGUACAACGAUAAAAAAAUGGACGAAACAAAAUUAGAAAUAACGUUGAACAAUUAUUAAACGAAUACUAUUUGGGAUAGUGAUAAAUUACGUAAGAAUAUUCAUUUGCAUACAAUUCCGGUUUAUACGACGUUGUAUACUUAUGAUAUUAGACAUUCCAAACAAAAUGGCUGUCCGUUAGAAAUAACAGGCCACUGACAGGCAUGUAAUAUGGCAACAUUGUAAGCCUGGUAGUUUGAUAGGGUCAAUGACAUAGACAGUUAUACAGAUUGAUCAUGCAUGGUUUUAAAAAUAAACUUAAGUAAAAAUUUAGGCAAUUAUUAUUCUCAAAUACUCAAAGGCUGAAAAUUGGUUUUAAAACACAUUUUUGCUAAACCGAUUCAAAUUAGCCAGGCAAUAUGACCACUCCCAAGCGACUCGCUUUAAGCACUCUAUAUAACUAUAUAGGUAUCAUUGACUCUGUUAAUGACAACAGGCCCAUAAGGUUGCCAUAUCUAAACUGUCAGAACCCACUGGUAGCCAUUUGGACAGGUCGUUGAAAUGCCUAAUUCGUAGAUUUUGUAUGAUUUCAUCAAUGACAUAUAUAAUUUAUAUAGACUGCUCAUCCAUACGUAAAUAGGACGAUGAAAUGCGGGUCAAACUGGGAGGUGUUUUCUCUUUGUCUACAAGCUAAUAUUCCCAUGAUAAAAAAUACGACCUUCUUUUAUAGGGGGCCCUAAAAAAAUUUCGUAUCUCCAAUAGUUUAAAAGUUUUAUCAACUUUUAAGUCAACAAAUGGAUCAGCUGCUGCAACUUUGAUAGUACGUAUAUUUUCAAAGUUUAAUAAAAAAUGGAAUAAAAUUUUUUCCGUAAUUUUAAUGCACUAAGUCGUUUUUGAAAUUUUUAUUUCUAUCAGAAAAAAAAA